UGGAGCUUGGAAAGUUCUGCACACUUUGAAAGGUUUCAGUCAUGAAGCCUUGCGUGGUUCUAGCUCUGUUCCUCGUCGCUUUUGCGGUCGCGACCUCCGCCGCUGAUUUAGGACAUACAGAGGCAGCUCACAUAGUAAAAAGAGAAACGAUCCGAGGACCAGAGUUCCCGAACCGAUGCGUGUUUUACCAGUGCAGUGCUAGCUGCAGACAACGAGGCUACAAGUCAGGUGGCUACUGCACCCUUGGUGGAUGCCAAUGUGUGCGAUAGUCACUUGUAGUGUAAUUUUUAAUCUUGUAUUGAAUUUGAAGCUCUCGUCUUACCAUGUUCGUAUUAUUAGUUGUAAGUCAAACAUGAAAUAAACUGUUUUACAUUUUAAUUUUAAUACAUGGAAUGUGUUUGUUGAA